AUGAAGCUCUGGCCUUUUCUCUUUCCUGCCGGCAACGAUCCCGAGCGUCUGCUCAACGACUGUCUCCCAGCUCGUCCUCGAGUCGCUGGACACUUUCUCGCCAUCAUCCAGGCGCGGUCUGGUCCAGCAGCAGCUCUACGUCAUGGCCAUCCUGUACUUCAAGCUUCCUUACACGCUCGCGAGCAUCAGCUGACGGCAGAGUUGAUCGACUUUUUGGAGCGAGCGAAGGAAGCGAUCGAGCGGGAAGUGAAGUUCGAGACGAGCAGGUCGCAUCUUGCCAGUCUCUUCGCCACCUCUCAGCUUUACUCCGUCGCGCAGCUUCUCUACCUGGUGACCAGCGACAAGCUCGAGCUGCUCGUCACCAAGAAGGAUGUCCAAGACAUGAAGAUCGUCUCGGGUGACUUCGCCUCCUCAGUCAGGACUCUUCACAAACAGUUUCUGCUUCCUGUUCCAGCUCUCUCGUCGAGCUUGAUUUCGCUCGGGCAGCCCGACAACUCCAAGCAAGGAAGAAGGUUUCUGGGAGACGGGCGGACAUGGAAGUUGCUGUCGCACCUCCUUGAGCGGCUGCAGCAGUGGGAGGUGAGAGACGAGGAAGAGGAGGAGUGA